ACAGCUUAAAAUGACCCUAUUUGAUAAAAUGGCACUAGAGCUUGAACAUGUGUCUGGCUUUAUCUAUAUAUACCGAUAAAGCAGAAAUAUAUUAUUUAAAUUAAAUGAUAUAGAAUGAAGGUAUUCAUGGUAAAGGAUAUCCCAUUGAGAUCCUGAGUAUUAUCAAAUGCUGAAGCCUAGUAUCGUUUAGGGAUGGGAGAAAAUAAACUUGGAAAUGAAGUCGUGGAAAUAGACGAGAGUGACAUGGUUUCAUUGCACAAUGAAGGAACAGAUGAGGAGGAAUUUGUUAGUUUGAACAAUGCUGCUAUAGGAAGUAAAAAUUGUGUUGUCAACGAUCCCGAUGAAAACGCAGACGACAGCUCGAAAGCCCCGGAUGGUGGAUGGGGUUGGGUGUGCGUGUUUGCUUGUUUUUGUAUGCAUAUCUUAAUAGGUGGCUUAGGAAGAGCGUAUGGGAUCAUAUAUCUCGAUCUCCUAGAUACGUUUAAUAGUACGGCUGCUGAAACUGCCCUUGUCGGAGGCAUGAUGUCCACAUUAAGGACAGGGUUAGGUUUCAUUGGGACAACAUUGAGUAACAGAUUCACAAGCAGGAAGGUCGUGAUGGCUGGUGGUCUGUUUCUAAUCAUCGGAUGUCUUCUCAGUGCAUUUCCUCCAAAUCUCCCCUACUUGUAUUUUAGCUACUCAUUAAUUGCUGGAUUUGGGGGAGCACUUGUCUAUGCACCUGGUCUGGCAACCGUAGGGGAAUAUUUCGAUAAGAGACGUGGGAUAGCUAUUGGUUUAUCAACGGCAGGCUCGGGAUUUGGAUCCUUUAUAUUUCCUCCAAUUAUUCAGAUUUUACUGACCAAAAUUAAAUACAAAGGGACUAUGCUAUUUCUUGCUGGGCUCAUGGGAGCUCAUUUGCUUAUUGGGGCUGUAUAUAAACCCCUCAAAAAUAAGCCAACUAGGCGAUUGGACAAAUGUGAAGAUGGAACUGCAAAUGCCACGGAACUUGAAACGUUGGCUGUGGAAGAUACAGAUGAAAUUACUGAGACAAGUAAAUGCGGAAAUGAUGCCGCAAAUACAGAAGGUGUUAACACUGAUGUUCAUGCAGAUAGUAAAGAGCAACGCAAUGGCGUACUUGAAGAAAUUGAUGACUCUGUCCAAAACUCAGAAAUUGAUUGUGAAGAGAGAAAACGCACAUGUGGCUGUUGUGGGAAAAGAUCUAAUAGUGCUAAACCUCUAUUGGAUUUGUCUUUAUUGAAGGAUAUUCAUUUUAUGCCGUUUGCAUUGUCGGUCCUUUUUGCGAAUGUCAGCUACAACCCUGCAUUUAUGUUGGUGGCUGCAUUGGGCAAAGAAAAAGGAACAUCUGAUACUCAAGCUGCGUUUCUAUUAUCAGGUUUAGGAAUCGCAGAUACAAUCGGAAGAGCAUCCUGCGGAUUCUUUUUUGAUUCUCGCUUUGUUAAACCUGGUCACAAACGCCAUUAUUUCACAUUUUCCAUGAUAGCAUCUGCUACAAUAGCCACAUGCUGGCCUUUCGCAGAGAGCUUCGGAACAUUAAUGGUUUGCAGUGUCCUCCAUGGUUUCGUAACGUCCAUUAUGAUCUCACAAAGGCACGUGAUGGUUGCGAAUGUUGUGAAGCCAGAGAGUUAUUACAGUGGUGUGGGUCUCACGACUGGUUUCCAAGGUGUUGGUAUUGCAAUAGGACCCCCUCUGGCAGGUUUAAUCAGGGAUAAAACGGGCUCGUACACUAUUUCUUACUUCUACAUGGGUGGAAUGAUGGUAUUCGCAGCUCUCAUUUUCCAAGUUGACAUUAUUUUUAAUUUUUGUCGCAGUCUGUUCAAUAAAAAAGAGAGGAGUGUACCAACCGACUGAGAACAAGUGACAAAACCUAAGAAAUAAAAGAUUAGAAGUAUUUAACGAAAGUGGAUCUGUAUUUAGAUCACAAGAUGUAUUAUAUCAAAGGAAUAAAGAAAGAAACAUUUUGGAGAAAAAGUUGCAAAAAUAUACACCAUCAUACUUAGCGUCGUGGAGAUUAAUACACGUACAUGACUGCUUUAUUUAACUAUGGGAGGUAGGUAAUGUUUAUUCCCGGUUGGAUAACAUAAAUAUCUUUCCAGAUGUAAGUUGAGACCUCCCGUCAUAGAAUGUAAGGCAUGCAAAAUGUUUC